AUCCCCGAAACGCACGCAUUUCACUGGAAAACAAUAUUUUGCUUUCUAGCUGCUACAGAGUUGCUGUUUCUUCGACAUUUUUGCAUUGACAGAGAACCAAGGUGCUGCAAGAAAAUAUUAAUCACAGGGAGGCGAGAUCGGAUCGCCUUUCUUCAUCUCCUGCCUUGUGUCCCUGUGUCGAGUCCUCUCCUCCUCCCAUCGGUCCAGUGAGCAGUCGAGAGAAUGAAUGGAUACAGGAUGGAAGAGCAGGAGUUGAGCUUCACCAUGAGCCAGGGGUCCUUCCAGCAGCUUUGGGAGACCAACAUGACUACUCGGGGGCCCAAUAUUCCACCGUUGGUGACUGAAAACUGGUCUGACCUGGAUGUCUCGCUCCCUCCCGUCCUUCCCGAGGCCACCUUCCACGAGAACUUUGACGAGGGGCUGUUUGAGCUGCCGGAGCCCCUUGCCGUGGAGCCCUCGGUGUCGCCACAGGACAGUGUGCCUCCCCCUACCUCCACCGUCCCCUCCAACAUCGACUACCCGGGGGAGCAUGGCUUCGAGCUGCGCUUCCACAAGUCUGGCACCGCCAAGUCGGUCACCUCCACCUAUUCUGUGCAGCUGAUCAAGCUGUACUGCCAGCGGGCUAAGACCUGCCCGGUGGAGGUGCUGAUGGCCAAGGAGCCCCCGCUAGGAGCCAUCCUCCGUGCCACAGCCAUCUACAAGAAGUCAGAGCACAUGUCCGAAGUGGUCAGCCGCUGCCCCCAUCACCAGAGCACCUCAGACAACAAUGAAGGUGUGGCCCACCGCAGUCACCUGAUCAGGGUGGAGGGGAGCCAGCGGGCUCAGUACCUGGAGGACAGCAACACCAAGCGUCAGAGCGUGCUGCUGCCCUACGAGCCUCCUCAGCUGGGCUCCGAGGCAACUACUGUUCUCCUGAACUUCAUGUGCAACUCCAGUUGCAUGGGUGGUAUGAACCGACGGCCCAUUCUCACCAUCCUGACCCUGGAGACCCAGGAAGGUCAGGUUUUGGGUCGCCGUUGUUUUGAAGUCCGAGUCUGUGCCUGCCCUGGCCGGGACCGCAAGACCGAGGAAGAGAACGCAAACAAAGCUCGAAACGGGACCAAGAACACCAACGGCACCAAGAGAAAGUCCCAACAGGCCCUGCCGCCUCCGGGAACCAGUAAGAAGAUCAAGAGCGGCUCUAGCACUGAGGAUGAAGACAAGGACAAUGUAUUCUUGUUGCAGGUUUGUGGAAGACAGCGCUAUGAGUGGCUCAAGAAGAUCAAUGAUAGUCUGGAGCUGAUGGACCACGUUCCUCCCGCUGAGCAGGAGAAAUACAAGAAGAAAGGUUCCCCAAAGAGCCUCAAGCAGGAUGCAUUGGCCCCAAAGAGCGGAAAGAGGAUGGUUACAAAGGAAGAGAGGAGCGACUCUGACUAAGGCCAGGACACCUCAGUCCUUCCUCUGCUGUCUAUUCCAGACCAACAUUAAAUUGUGACUCCAAAGUAAAUGCCCAAUACCAAACCCUAGGCCCUACAUGUAGGCACUUCUUACAAGUCUGAAAGGAUAGGUGUUAGCAAGAUGGUAAUAGCUCCACCUAGGCCAUACUCAACAGGCGGACCGCGGUCCGGACCCAGUUUAUGGUCAAUAUGGACCUCGGGUCCCCCCCCCCCACACACGGCAAAAUGUGUAGAAUUGCAGGAAAUGAGCUUUAAAACUACACAAAAAAAUCUCCGCCCCAUCGCAAAAUGUGUGGAAUUGCAGGAAGUUAACUUUAAAACUACA